AUGGAAGAAGUUGGUCAACGCCGUGACCAUCGAGACAGGUCUCGAUCAGGCCGACGCUUAGGGGACAUGGACCGCUCCAAGUCUCCUCGUCGUUCUCACCAUAGCCCGUCCAGCACGUCCCAAUCCCGCGCUAUUGAAAAGACCUCAUUCCCCGUUACCGUGAGAAGCAAGCCCGUGCCGCAGGGCAAGAGAGUAGGUCCCAUCACAGUCGCGCUCGCAGUCGCAGUCGAAGCCGAGAUCACGGACGACAUCACCGCUCGCCAUCAUCGCCCAAGCGUCAUCGAAGCCGCAGCAAAAGCCCUCGUCGAAAACGGUCGCGCCGAGACCAUAGCCCAUCAAGAGGGACGCGUGACGGAGGCUCCCACUCUACGUCAAAGCGCCGGCGUCGCUCUUCAGACGGCAGGAAGUCGGGAUCAUCACGCAGACACGGCGAUCCUCGACCACCUUCAGACCUACCUGAAACGAAGAGGUAGCAAUGGCGACAACGACGGAAUGAACGCCAUGGAUAUCGACCACAAAGACCCUGCCGAGAAAGCGUUCGAUAGCUUGAGAAACGACCGAGGGCAUGACAGAAGCGAACGACCCCGGCAGGAUGCCCCCAAAGGCCCUUCGGCACAAACUGAUUCCCCUUCAAAAUUCAGCUUCGCUUUCAAGCUAUCCUCUAAGGCAGCCCCUGGUCCCAACCCUGAGAUUUCUCAAAAAUUCAACGCUCCAGCCCAGAAACGAGAAACGCAGCAGAAGGGCGGCAGGAAUGAUCCCCCGCCAGGUGCACCGACGCAACCCGCUGCGCUCUUCGAUAGAAAGCCGCCAGAUGGCCCUAAAAUGGCUCCAAGGAUGCGCAAAGUCAUUAAGAAGAUGCAACGACCCAAGCCGAGGCCUACACUCCCCCCACAUCUGGUUGAAUCAGAAUCUGUUUUCUUCCGCAAACCAGGCAAUGAGUCAGUCGUUGGCUCAGGCACAUAUGGCAAAGUCUUCAAGGGCCUGAAUGUUUACACCAAAGGCCAGGUGGCAUUGAAGCGAAUUCGAAUGGAAGGAGAACGAGACGGCUUUCCCGUGACUGCUGUCCGAGAGAUCAAGCUGCUCCAGUCGCUGCGCCAUGAAAACAUUGUCAAUCUUCAGGAAGUCAUGGUUGAAAAGAAUGAUUGUUUCAUGGUCUUCGAGUAUCUUUCUCACGAUUUGACUGGAUUGCUCAACCACCCUCAUUUCAAGUUGGAGCCACCGCAGAAAAAGCACCUUGCCAAGCAACUGUUUGAGGGGCUCGACUAUCUCCACGUUCGUGGGGUGCUGCAUAGAGAUAUCAAGGCAGCCAACAUCCUCGUGAGCAGCGACGGUAUCCUGAAAAUUGCCGAUUUCGGACUUGCUCGUUUCUACGCCAAACGACAUCAGCUCGACUAUACGAACCGCGUCAUUACAAUUUGGUAUCGAUCACCUGAGCUACUACUGGGCGAGACACAGUACACUGCUGCCGUUGAUAUCUGGAGCGCUGCCUGCGUCAUGAUGGAGAUUUUUGUCCAGAAGCCUAUUUUUGCCGGCGACGGGACAGAACUAAGCCAGCUGGACAAGAUUUAUAACGUGCUGGGUACCCCAAACCGACACGACUGGCCCGGUCUCGUGGACAUGGCUUGGUUUGAGCUUCUGCGACCAACAGCGAAGCGGAGGAGCAUGUUUGCCGAGAUGUUCAGCACAGAGCUGACCCCAGCAGCAUAUGAGCUCAUGCAGUCGAUGUUCUUAUAUGAUCCAGUGAAGCGACCGACGGCAGAGGAAGUCUUGGCUCAUCCGUACUUUACGACCGAAGAGCCAGUUCCUCAGCAGGCCACAGAACUUGCAAACAUCGGUGGCGACUGGCACGAGUUUGAAUCCAAGGCACUACGGAAAGAAAACGAGCGCCGCGAGCGGGAAGCCCGACGCGCGGCCAGGAUCCCCCCUACGUCUGCUGCCAUACCAGCUUCCACCGCUAUACCAGCUACCGCUACCGCCGACCGUGCUAAGCACACGGGCCACGGGCAGGAAAGAAAACGCGGCACAGACGGGGACGAAGACGCUCGGGAUGCUAAGCGCGUACACGUCGAGGAGUCGGCUGUCGCUUGA